AUGGUGGGGCAGGCGGCAGCAGCAGCUUUGGGCCGCGGGCUAGAGCGCAGAAACGCCGGCUGCUGGGGUCGGAGCCGAGGCGCCGUUCUGCUUCUCUUCUUCUCCUUGUCGCCAAGGCCCUCUGGCGGAGCGGCGUGGCUACUGGGGCUGCGGCCGGAGGAUACGGCGCCCGGGCGCGUGUGGCUCGAGGGGGGAGCGCUGCGGGCGGCUGAGGGUUCCCGCUUCUUGUUGCGCCUCUACUUCCAGCCGCCGGCCGAAGGCAGCAGCGCCGCCAGUAACGGCAGCAGCGCGAGCGAGGAGGUUGAGCGCCGCGUCGUCUUCGUGGAGGAGCCCGCCCAAGUGGAGCGCUGUUCCGAGCGCAGCGCCUGGGCCUCGGACGUGGAGGUGCUGGGCCCGCUUUUGCCCGGAGGCUCGGCCGGCUCGGCUUUAGCCGAGGUGAGAGUGCGGGAGCCGCGAAAGGGUGAGCCCGGCGCCGGGCCUGAAGGGCGUCGGUUCGGGCUCUGCGCUUGGGAUGGACGAGCCUGGCAACUGCACGGCGCGCCGGGGGGCUUCGUGCUGCAAGUGGAAACGCCGGCAGUGGGCUCGGCCGCGUGGCUGAUUCCGUUGCCCACCGCCGGCUGGUUGCGGGCUCUGGGCGCGCUAGCCCUGAUAGCCCUGUCGGCGCUGUUCAGCGGCCUCCGCUUGGCCGUGCUGUCACUCGAUCCGAUGGAGCUGCGGGUACUGCGCAACAGUGGCUCGGCUGCAGAGAGGGACCAGGCGCGCAAGGUGGAGGCUGCGCGCGGCCGAGGCGGAAGCGGCACUUACCUACUGUGCACUCUGUUGCUCGGACAGGCAGGUGCUAACGCCACGCUGGCGGGCUGGUUGUGCGCUGCUCUACAAGCCAGUCGCAUUUCCCUGCCCGAAGACAACCAAGGUGUGCCGUGGCUGCCUGUGCUGCUCUGCACCAGUGUCGUCCUCUUGGGUGGUGAGGUGUUGCCCUACUCCAUUUGUUCCCGCCACGGCUUAGCCAUUGCAGCGCACACGCUCUUUCUCACCCGCCUGCUUAUGGCCGCCACCUUCCCCAUAUGCUAUCCACUCAGCCGUUUGCUAGAUUGGGCUUUGCAUCAAGAGCUCAGCACCUUCUCCACAAGGGAGCACCUGCUGGAGACCCUGCGGGCUGCUGACCCUCAUGGUGAUCUUGUGAGUGAGGAGCUGGCCAUGGUUCAAGGUGCACUGGAGUUACGCACCAAGGUAGUUGAGGACAUCUUGACACCUCUGAAUGAUUGUUUUAUGUUGCACUCUGAUGCCAUACUUGACUUCACUACCAUUUCUGAGAUUCUUCGCUCAGGCUAUACCCGCAUCCCUGUCUAUGAAGGUGAGCGACGAGACAACAUUGUCGACUUGCUGUUUGUCAAGGACUUGGCUUUCGUGGAUCCUGAUGACUGCACACCACUGCAGACAGUUACUCGCUUCUAUCACCGCCCGCUGCACUGUGUCUUCCAUGAUACCCGCCUAGAUACGCUGCUCGAGGAGUUCAAGAAGGGUAAAUCACACCUUGCAAUUGUACAGAGAGUGAAUGAUGAAGGGGAAGGAGACCCUUUCUAUGAGGUGAUGGGAAUUGUCACUCUAGAGGAUGUGAUUGAAGAGAUAAUCAAAUCGGAGAUUCUGGAUGAGACAGAUCUUUAUACAGACAAUCAGAAAAAGGAAAGGAUCCCCCAUCGGGGUAGGAAACCUCAUGACUUCUCCAUCUUUAGACUUUCGGAUAGUGAGAUGAGAGUAAAGAUCUCACCACAGCUGCUACUGGCCACUCAUCGCUUCAUGGCUACAGAGGUAGAACCUUUCAAGAUGCCACAUCUCUCAGAGAAGAUCCUGCUGCGGCUUCUCAAACAUCCCAACGUCAUCCAGGAGAUGAAAUUUGACCACAAAAACAAGCGAGCACCUGAACAUUAUCUUUACCAGCGUAACCGCCCAGUUGACUAUUUUGUGCUCAUCUUACAGGGAAAAGUGGAGGUAGAAGUGGGAAAAGAAGAAUUGCGAUUUGAAAAUGGUGCUUUCACAUACUAUGGUGUCCCAGCAAUCAUGACUGUCAUCUAUUCAGAUAACGAUGGGCGUAAAAUGAGCAGCCUGGCUGGAUCAUCUUUCCUGUUGCCCGUGUCUGUGUCCCGUACCUUUGCCUUCAGCCGAGGGGAAUCUUUGGCUGGCUCCCCAGUGAAUCAAUCUCCAUCACGUUGCAGUGGAUUAAACCGCUCAGAGUCUCCAAUUCGAGAACGUAAUGAGUAUGGAGGCAGCAGCACCCAACUACAUAGUGGCUGCAACAACAACAUAUACACUCCAGAUUAUUCUGUUCAUAUUCUGUGUGAUGUACAGUUUGUCAAGAUUACUCGGCAACAGUAUCAGAAUGCACUGGCUGCCAGCCGCAUGGAUAGCUCUCCCCAGACCCCUGACAUGGAUGUUUUCAAUGAUGGUGAUUCCACAAAGGCUCCCACAAUCAGAGGUACCCCACAGACACCCAAGGAUGAUCCUGCUAUUCUCUUGAAUGAGAGAAGUAGCAUUGUGGCCAGCAGGUCAGAUGGGAAUAUGAAGAGUCCUACAGACGCUAUGUUCCUGCACAUGGAGGGGAUCCCCCACAACCAAGAGGAGGUGACAGGCAACCCAGAAAUCAGCAUGCAGAAAAAUGAGGCCUAUAUUGUCAGGCUGGAACCUGAGUCCUCAAACAGGGAAAUGGAGCUCAACACAUCUCCAAGUGCUCCUCAGGAUCCCCUAGGAAAGAAGUUACUUUGGACAAUUAGUGAGAGGAGAAAACCUUCUGCAGACAGUGAGAGAAGUUCAGACGAUAAUACUAACUUCACAUCACUAAUCACAUGAGUGGCAACAUGGAUCUGCCUUUCUCACAGGUUGGUA